UUAUAAUUGUGUCAACUAGCAAAAGGUGACUCAGCCACACACGCGCGCAUGAUAUAGGGGCAGUUUCAUCUCCAUAAUUUGUUAGACUUGGAGCAUUCUACCUCCAUGCUUGGAGUUACCAAGUUUUCAAUGCGUUAUUUAGAGUGAAAGGUUAAAGUAUAUUGAAAUGAAAGCAACAGGAAUGAGCAGCAGCCUGUCAUAGUCACAGGAUGGCUAACUACCAACCAGAACGGACCGUCAGAACAGUAACAACAGCGACGGAAAACCAACUGCAAUUAUUGACAAAAUAUCACAAUAAAGCUCAUCUGGCUAUUAAGAAGGCUCUGACCCUUGACGAGGCUGGUGAGACAAGCCAAGCAAUCCAGUUAUACAGCGAGGGACUUAUUAAUCUCGCUAAGGGACUAGAGAUACAAUGCGGAGGACCAGCCUGCAUCGGUUCUGAGUUUGAAUCUGCUAAGAAGAUGCAGAGCCAGAUGAGGAAAACAGCCCGACAGAUGAAGAGAAGACUUGAGGAGCUGGAGCAGGAUGCGUUGUCAAGGCAACCACAGGAGAGCCGGGGUGCUACCAUCAACGCUAAUGUGAUGGAAGAACUGGAAGAAAACCUACGUCUUGAGGAGGAGAUGAUGGAUUUUGAAGAGCCGCCUUCUUACGAGCAAACCCAGUCCGAUGCUUCCGAGGUUUUCUCCAUCCCCGAGGGAGUCCAGAUAUUCUUUAUCAACGCGCAAGGCCAUGUCAGUGCCCCGAGCCAUCCUGGUCCUCUGCGAAUCUAUAAAUUUAAAGACGCAGAUCUUGUGGAUGUUGCCGAUCAGCCUCCGGCGUUUCUCCAGGUGAGUGACUGGUUGUAUCCGUUGAUUCCGGGAGAGUCUCCAGCUCUGAGAAGCAGGCAAGGAGCAUUCCUCUUCCCUGAUGUUGUGUCUGGAGACCCAGGAGCUUGCGUUGGUGUGAUGUUUGCACCAGAGAUCGACAGAUCAAAGAUUCAAACUUUUGAGCGUACAAUCCAAGAGUUGACCGUCUUGAGAGAGCAGAGAGAGCCCCCAGCGAGGCCGUUACCACCACGGACUCGCCCAGUUGAUGGGAGGGAACGGACAGAUGAAGAUGAAGAGACUGUUGCUAAGGAUGGGGAGCAGUUGAGCACUAAGAUAGCAAAAGGCAUCGUCAUUGGUGCAGAGUGGAUUACCUGGGGGGUUGGUAAGGGGGCGGAGGCCACAGGUCACCUGAUCAACUACGGCAAAGAUAAACUGAAGCAGAAUUUGACGACAGAUGAGAAGCCUGCUAAGAUUGAUGAUAAAUACCACACUGGCGCUGAGUAUGCGCAGAAGGCAUCAGUGGUUGCCGUUAAGGUCAGUAAGGCGGUGGUGGACAGUCUUUGCUUCUUGACCAAGAGGCUUGGCCAGGAGGUCAGUCCUUACAUCAAGAAACAGAGCGAUAAAUUAUUGAAGAGUAAAGACCAACCUGACGGCGCAACCAAGAGGAGUAAAACUAUGGACGGGGUUAUAGAGGUGGCUUCCAGCAGUUUACAAGGUUUUGGAACUGUUUACAAUGGACUGGAGAAAGCUGCCAAGGCCUUGGCUAAGAAUCUCUCCAAUGCCACAGUGGACGUCGUUCAGCACAAAUACGGCGACGAUGCGGCACGUCUUACAGACACUUCCCUGGAUGCAGCAACUAACAUUGGUUUCACGGCCUACAAUCUUAAUCACAUCGGAGUCAAAGCCAUCGCUAAACGAGCAGCAAAGGACACUGGCAAGGCCGUGUUUGAAGACUACAAGGCUGAAUCUCAGCAGGGGAAGAUCAAGAAACUUGACGACCAAAACCGGAGUUAAAAAUAAGGUUUUUGAGUGGAGAGUAUGGUUCAAGACAUUGCCUGAUUAUUGUCAUUUCUUUACCAUGAUAUAGAAAGAUUUGCGGUAACACCAUGUAAUGACUAUCUUUAAUGAGUUGGGGUGGUUCUGAAAAGAACCGUUGGUUUCAACUCGACGUUUCGAUCAGUAUGCUCUGAUCGUCUUCCAUGAGAGUUGCGAAGACACGUUGAUGUGCAAUGAUUCAGUAGAGCCAUUUUAUGUUUAACAGUGAUGUUAUGAGGCGCAGCAUGCAGCAUUUUUUAAGAACAUCACAAGGCUCGACGGCCAUUGCAAGGUGAGGGCUACACUUAAUACUUACUCAUCAAUUAAUACUUACUCAUGGGGCUGAAACAGGGUUACCCUCUUCACAGUCUGUAAGGAUGUAGGCAUUGGUAUCAUCCACUUGGUGCCUGGUUUGUAGAGCAGAAUGCACCUACCUCCCUAACUUUUUACGAAGCAAUUAUGGUCAAGUGCCUUUUGGAGCAAGAGACUGAAGUAAUUAGUAAUGAUCACGCGUCAAGAUUUCCAUCUCGCGACCAUCGAGAUAAAGUGUCUUGCUCCAAAGGCACCAGUGUCAUUACCAGGAUUCGAACCCACACUCUGCUGCUAACAACACCAGAGCUUGGGUCCGAAAGAAGUAUUUCUGACAAACUUGGCAAAAGGCCCUCAGAAAUCCACUAAAAAGUCUUUUGUUACAAAAUAGUCGAGAACUUUUGCACACAACUCAGCUUUUGGAAAAGCAAUGUUUGUACAGAGAGUGGCGGGAAUAUAAUAUAUAUAAUAUUUUGUGUAUAAUAUUUUGUUUAUAGAUAAUUGUUGGAUUUUAAAUUCAAUGGUUUGACUUGCAUUAACAAACAUUUUAAUAGUGAGCAAAACUUACUGCCCCAUGUAUUUGGUUUUGAUUUUGAAGAAUAAACAUUUUCAAAUAAUA